AUGGAAUUUUACAAAUACCGGUCUUCAGGUUAUCUGCAGCCGCAUUACACUAUACCGUUCAAUAACAAUAUGAAUCUAGACGACAAAUUUGACCAGGUGGUCAAAUGGCUCAAGCUUGACGAAGAUGAGAGGCCUGGCCUAAUCAUGACCUAUGUUUCAGAAAUAGAUUUUGCAGGACAUCGAGUAUCAGGUUUAGAGUUGGAUGCAGCAAUAAAAUCGGUAGACGAAUCUAUUGAACGUUUUUUGCGAAAAUUAAGCAAGAAAGGCAUGCUGAAUUGCGUAAACCUAGUCAUACUAUCUGAUCAUGGAAUGGCAGAGAUAAAGGAACGUGUUGUACUGGAGGAAUUGUUCGACAUAAAUGGUCUUGUAAUCUUCCAAGGUGCUACAACUUUGAUAUUUCGAAAUGGCUCCACACUGACCGACAAGGAAAUCCUGAACACAUUGAUAUGCAAAGGAACAGAUCACUUUCGUGCUUUCAACAAAACCACAGUUCCCGCCAGAUGGCAUUUUAGCAAUUCAAGAAGGAUUGGUGAUCUCAUUGUUCUUGGGAAAAGAGGAUCUAGAACAUAUGUGUAAGU